UCCUUGAGGCUUAAAUUGAUUUCUAGCUAUUUUAUAUUGCCUUUAUAUCCGGUUGGCAAUAGGCGAGCCACAAAACUUCAGCUGUGGAAAAACUGAUUAGUGAAGCCUUCUACUUCUUAAUAGCUUCAUGUAUCCUGAAGAAAUGUUUAAAAUCUGUCGAUGUCUUCCGGCUCAAGCUGGGAAACAUUUCGCUGGCACAGCCAUUUUUUUGGAGAAGAGAAUCCACCAGCCGAUCUCAAACCAUAUAUUUUGGAUAGACUUUUGCACGCUUGCCAAUUUGGCAACUCCAUCAUUACACGUACUAUUUGGGCAUUAACCUUGAACUUUAUCACACCUGUUCGCUAUCUUAUCUGAGCAGGCCAUAAAGCUUGUUUCUUUUGCUGUACGAGUAAGAAAAACAAAAUCCAACUGCCAGACAAAAGAACAGAGAACCAAGAACCGAGAACAAAGUGUUAUCGCGGCUCUCGUAGCUAUUGGCAAUUAUAAUGCAAAAUCGAUGAUUUGGGUUGGCCGAAAAAAGGCUAUAUAAGGCCAGAUACCAAGUAGAUGACCGGUUCGCUUCGAAUCGAAUUGAAUGAAUAGUCAGAGUUCAAUUAGAGGCCGACCAAACGCGACGAAAGUGUUGGUACAAAAUUUGCAUAAGAAACGUGCCUGAUGGUAAUGGCCGUGAUACUGUUGCUGGCCCUGGCACUUGUACUAGGCUGCUAUUGCGCAAUCCACAAGCACAAGAUCGGAGCGACCUAUCUUAAGCCGCUGCUGAAGAACACGCCGCUGGAGGACUGCUACCAUGCCACGCCCAUAGUGCCAGAUCAGCAGAAGCGUCGUCGUCGCCGGAGCAUCUGGGAUAUACCAGGUCCCCAGCGUAUACCCUUCCUCGGAACCAAGUGGAUAUUCUUUGUGUUCUUUCGCCGCUACAAGAUGACUAAGCUGCACGAGGUCUACGCAGAUCUCAACAGGAGGUUCGGGGACAUAGUGCUGGAGGUGAUGCCCUCGAAUGUGCCGAUCGUACAUCUCUACAACAGGGAGGACCUGGAAAAGGUGCUCAAGUACCCCAGCAAGUAUCCUUUCCGGCCGCCCACGGAGAUCAUUGUAAUGUACCGGCAGUCGCGUCCGGAUCGGUAUGCCAGCGUGGGCAUCGUCAACGAGCAGGGGCCUAUGUGGCAGCUGCUCCGGACGUCGCUCACAUCCAGCAUCACUUCGCCCCGGGUUCUGCAAAACUUCCUGCCUGCCCUGAACGCCGUCUGCGAUGAUUUCAUCGACCUGCUGAGGGCCAGGCGGGAUCCAGAUACCCUCGUCGUACCAAACUUUGAGGAGCUGGCCAAUCUGAUGGGUCUGGAGGCAGUCUGCACUCUGAUGCUGGGCCGGCGGAUGGGUUUCCUGGCCGCCGAUGCCAAGCAGCCGCAAAAGAUAAGUCAGCUGGCGGCGGCCGUCAAGCAACUGUUCAUUUCCCAGAGGGACUCCUACUACGGGCUGGGUCUGUGGAAGUACUUUCCUACGAAGACGUACCGGGACUUCGCCAGGGCCGAGGACUUGAUCUAUGAUGUCAUCUCCGAGAUUAUCGAAAAUGAGCUGGAGGAGCACAAGAAGUCGGCUGCAUGCGAUGACGAAGGUGCCGCUGGACUGCGCAGUGUCUUUCUAAAUAUCCUGGAACUCAAGGAUCUAGAUAUCAGAGACAAGAAGUCCGCUAUUAUUGACUUCAUCGCUGCCGGCAUUGAAACGCUAGCCAACACUUUGUUGUUUGUCCUAAGCUCGGUGACGGAAGAACCUUCGGCCAUGACUCGGAUCCUGAGCGAGUUCUGUGAGUAUCGGGAUACGAACAUCCUGCAGGAUGCCCUCACAAAUGCCACCUUUACGAAGGCCUGCAUACAGGAGUCAUACAGACUAAGACCCACCGCCUUCUGUCUGGCCCGGAUACUCGAGGAGGAUAUGGAGCUAUCGGGUUACUCCCUUAACGCUGGGACUGUAGUUCUCUGCCAAAACAUGAUUGCCUGCCAGAAGGACAGCAACUUCCAAGAGGCAAAAAAGUUCUCCCCCGAGCGCUGGAUUGAUCCAGUAACGGAAAACUUUACCGUGAAUGUGGAUAGCGCCAGCAUUGUGGUCCCCUUUGGGGUUGGCCGAAGGACUUGUCCGGGAAAACGCUUUGUGGAAAUGGAGGUGGUGCUGCUACUCGCAAAGCUGGUAGUGGCAUUUGAUGUGAGCUUUGUGAAGCCGCUGGAAACGGAGUUCGAGUUUCUUCUGGCCCCGAAAACGCCGCUAAGUCUAAAGCUCAGAGAUCGUGUUAUCUGAUCGAGGAUCAAACACAUGCAAAUUAAGCUAAGAACUGAACCAUUAAGUAAAACUAAUGAAAACUACGAUAUAGAUCGGCCAGAAUCAGCAGCCUAGUCUUGUGAAGUAAUUAAAAAUACGAGUAGAUAAGAUAUUUACAUUAAUUUUGCUGACUGGAGGUACUGAUGUAUGUAGAUACUAUAUAAUUUGACCCUUUUCUGUACAUAGGUCGUGUUGGAUUUGUUGUUGUAACUUAGUUGUAGUCGCCUAGCUAGUUAACACUCCUUCUUGUAGUUAUUGUUACUUAGUUAGCUUGUAAGUAGCGGCAAUUGUUUUUGUGCGUUCUGUAACGGAAAGACUGUGUUGUAAGUUUUGUUUUGCCUGUCGUGUGUAUAGCAUUUGCGAUUAUCACUCCCCAUUGUAU